GGAACUCGUUAUGUCUUCCUCCCUCUCCGUGUCUCAAAUUGCCACUGCUGUUGCGCUCGUGACGUCUUUCUCGGUUGGGUAUGCACUUGGUGUGAAGUCGGCCGCAGCAUCUUCAUCCAAACACAAGCCAGGUCAAAAUGCAUCCUCUGCAGAUGCGUCCGCCGUCCAGGAAGCCAUCAAAGAGGACAGCGAGGAUGAGGGCAAUGCCGCCGAUGGGGACUUGUCGGCUGUCAAGCCUGGCUUCAUGGAGCCUUGCAAACUGGUAUUAAUUGUUCGUACUGAUCUCGGCAUGACACCGGGGAAGAUUACUGCACAGUACAGGCACGCAACGUUAGCGUGUUACAAAGCCCUUCUACGGACAAAUCCUCGGCUUCUGACACAUUGGGAGCGUACAGGACAAGCGAAAAUUGCUCUGAAGGCGAACUCCGAGGACGAACUGCUCAAACUGGAGGCCAGUGCCAAAAGCCUGAACUUGUGCGCCCGCGCGAUCCAUGAUGCCGGGCGGACCCAGAUUGCGGCGGGCUCUUGCACGGUACUUGGUAUUGGACCCGGACCGGUCGGAUUGGUGAACCGGGUAACGGGCAAGCUACGACUGCUAUGAAGUGGCUACGUGAUGUAAAAUGAGUCUAUUACGGGAAAUGUGGACCGUGGUGUGCUCUCUUGAAUGAAUGCUUUUGACUCUGUUGUGAUGGCCAAUUAGAUGCAUCAAUGUAUUCGACAGCAAUAUUAUAACCGAUUGACAUGACCGGUAUUGCUUUGG